GUAACUAGCAGGAUCUUCAUCCUACCAACAUGUCAAUCCUAUCAGAGGAUCCGCUGGAGCCCUUCUACUUCGAGCACGAGGAACAGGAGAUCUGCGGGAAGCUUGUAACGCCCAUAACAGAUGGUUUCCAAGAGGACUACCCCACCGUUGUGGAUCGUUUUUUUACCAGAUAUUACAACUUUAAGGGAGAGGUUCCCUACCAGGUGCUCUACCACUCCAAUCGCAUUUGCCUGAUUUGUUUGGCUCCCGAUCAUCCUGCUCUCAAUCAGGGCAUCUCAUCGGUAAACUUCGACAUCGGGAACGUAGAUCGCAGCCAGAAUGUGGUCAAAGGCAAGGGUAAAAAGGGCGGAAUGAUCCUCCAGGCGGAGUCCACCCUAGCAUUGCUUACCACGGAAAGUGGAGAGACCUACAAGGUGCCCAGCUGCAUUCGAGGAAAACUAGUGGAGGUCAACACUGCCCUAGUGGAGGAGCCCAAACUCCUGGAGCAACUGCCCGAGGGAGCCGGCUACUUUGCUAUUCUCCUGCCCAAAAUUGAGAACUGCGAUGCCAUCAAGGCGAGCCUUUUAACACAGGAGCAGUACAUGGAACGUCUUAAGAUCAAAAAGGAAGUUCUACCCGAUAUUGAAGCCAGCGACGAUCCUCAGAUAGUGAAAAUUGAGCUGGCUACGUGAUUCUGAUCCCAGUUGUCGAUUUUCAAAUUGUCCAUUAAAGCCUAUGUAUUUGUACAUAAAGAUUCAUAUUUAAUAUCUUCAUAAGUGUGAGGGAAACAAAGAAGCACAUGAUGUACCACAAUGUUUAAAUAUACCUAACAACGCUUAUGAUUAUAAUUCA